GUAUGUACUUGUCAUAUGUCAAGAAUUUUCUAAGUGUCUCGCACAGAUAUUCGUCAACAUUUGCCAAAGAAAUUUUUUACAAUUAAUCUUUCGAAACUUGAGUCGCGCGCGCGCACGAGCAUGCAUUAAUACAGCCCUGCUGUUGACAGCCCGCGCAGGCUCGCAUCGAUCUUACUCGCUCAGCUGAUGCAGUCUACGCCGCUGGAAUAUCGCUGGAAUUUGUUCCGUUACGGAAGACGUGUUAAAAACGCUUAAUAAGCAUGUCUUCCGACGAUUUAUCAUCGAGCGCGCGACAAUUUUCUUCUCACAGUUCUAUAUAGCGUUCAAUUAUUUCAUUAUCGCUCGUUGCGUACGAACAAAGUCAAAUAUCAAUGCGUUUAGGAUUAUCCGACAAUUCGCAAGUGUGUAUGUGCUUUCGUGUCAGGGAAUUCAACACGUUAUUUAUGUGCUGAAAAAAAUGUUCCGCGUUUUCGUAAUGUAAUUGACAUCACCGAUAUGGCGCGGAAUUUCUCUCUCACACGUGCCAGUCGAGAAAAGCGCCAGAAAAAACACGUAGAUGGUGAGAAACGGACGGCAUGUCUUCCAAAGAAAAAUCAUGAGAGCCUCCUCGCCCUCGUCCAGCACGAGUUCCGGUUCCGUGUAUGCCAGCGGCGACGAUGCGUGCCGGUUCGGGAGGAACCGGUCCCUCGAUUCGGAGAAUGUCGGAACCGCCUGGCUCCUCCGUUCUACCCGUCCCUCGCGUGACAGAUCGAGAUUUCGAAUCUUCGAGAGAUUCAAGAUAGACAAAUCGCGACGUCACCUACGAUUCUGCGCGAUCAUAAUAAUUGUCACCAUCUUAACUGCAUUCGUGAUCGCUGUAAUCGGUCUUGGUAUUUACGGUACAUCUAAUAAUAAGACCUGGCAAAAUGAUUCUCUGGUACCGCCCGAUCCGGAAACUGUGCAACCACCAUCAUGGAGUAAAUUGAGAACUUUCAAACGCGGUGCCGUUUGCGCGGAUGGAGCGCCAUGCGCUGUUAUCGGCAAAUCGAUCUUAGAACGGAAUGGAUCGGCGGUGGAUGCUGCGUUGGCAGCGUUGAUAUGCAACGGACUCGUGAAUAUGCAAAGUCUCGGAUUCGGCGGUGGAUUUAUGAUGACCAUUUAUCAAAGAUCUACACGUCAAGCUUUCGUUCUCAAUGCCAGGGAUCGCGCACCUUUGGCAGCGAAUUCUACAAUGUAUAAUGACAAGCCCGUGAAUGCGUCUUUUCGCGGCGCAUUGGCAGUUGCCGUUCCCGGUGAACUAGCCGGUUACUGGGAAACUCAUCAACGAUUCGGUAAAUUACCAUGGGCGGAUUUGUUUAAACCGAGUAUCGAACUUUGUGAAAAGGGCUACACUAUGACAAUGGCGCAAUAUGAUGGCCUUAUAUAUAAUAAGAAAAGUAUUUAUAACGAUCCAACUCUGAGAGAAUUGUUCAUCGAUCCUACGACUAAUGAGUUUCGUAAAGCAGGAUCUAUCAUUAAACCCCGCACACUUUGCGAAACGCUGCGAAUUAUCGCCGAGAAAAAUGCGACUGAAUUUUAUAACGGCACGAUUGGACGAUAUCUUGUCGAUGAUUUACGCGAACAGGGAGGAAUCAUAACAAUGAAGGACCUUAACGAAUACAGAGUUUUAUGGGAUCAACCGAUGCAGACGAAUCUCUCGAGCGGCAUAAAACUCUUUACUACAGGACUACCCGGUAGUGGAGCUGUUCUCUCGUUUAUCCUCAACGUCCUUGACGAUUACGGCUUCACAUCGGCCAGCAUGACCGAUUUUAAUACGACGAUCCUCACAUAUCAUAGAAUGAUAGAGACCUUCAAAUACGCGUACGCGUUAAGGACGGAUCUAGGCGACGGAGCUUUCGUCGAUAUGACCGAAAUACUCAAAAACUUGACGUCGAAAAGCUUUGCACGCGUGAUUCGAAAAAAAAUUAGUGACGAGAAAACCUGGCAGGAUCCGCGGCAAUAUGGUUCUUCCAUCUACGCUGGUGCCGAAGAUCAUGGCACCGCACAUGUAUCGGUGCUAGCGCAAAAUGGUGAUGCUGUAUCGGUUACCAGCACCAUUAAUUAUUAUUUUGGAAGCGGAAUAGUCAGCAGAAGAACCGGCAUUAUAUUGAAUAAUGCCAUGGAUGACUUCGGCAUUCCGUCGAAGACCAGUUACUUCGGUAUACCUCCCAGUCCCAACAAUUAUAUCGCACCUAAGAAGCAGCCGUUGUCUUCGAUGGUGCCGUCCGUGCUCGUCGAUCAGCAUGGUGAUGUUAAGAUGGUCGUGGGCGCAGCUGGUGGUACAAGAAUUACCACCGCCGUGUCUCAAGUGACUGCAAAGAUUCUUUGGAUGAAACAAACGGUCAAGGAGGCUGUGGACUCAGCGAGGAUACAUCAUCAGCUGUUUCCAUCAGAAAUAGCUUAUGAGUAUGGAGUUCCCAAGCAGGUGAUCGAUGGCCUGAAACGUCUAGGACAUGCCACGAAACGCUACAGGGAACGCGGCAGCGUAGUCUGCGUGAUAUUGUACGAAAAUUCCACUAUUUUCGCGAACGCUGAUUAUCGCAAAGGUGGUGAUGUUUAUGGAGUCGAUUGAUAUGUAUCAUCUUCAUCGGUAUUCAAUUAUGCUCUUGCAGUGCGAAACUCUUUGUAAACCGGCUUUGUUUGGACAAUGUCGAUCGUUUCCUCACGAUUAUUGUAAGACCGAUGUGUACGUGAUCGAUCAUGUUAUCGUCACAUUCGUAUGUUUGAAAAAUCGCUACGCUGUAUUGCUUUAUCAAUACAAUCUUUAAAUAUGUUCUUCUUUCCAAUUUCAGUAUUUGUUUUUUCUUGAGUUUAACAUACUUUUUGCGAUAUUUAGAUAUACAAAACGGAUGUAACAAUGUAAAUACACAAAAAUUUAUGAAUUUUAUUUAAUUUUAGCGCCAUAUGGUACACGAUAUAAAUAUAUAUUUUUUUUAUACGAUUCAUAUUUUUAGCAUAUAGCACAACUAUAUCCGCUCCAUGAGACGUCCUGCUUAUUGAACACUUCCAGCCUUGUUGCGCUUUUUAUAGAUGUAAAAUAUUGACGUCAAUAUUACUGCGAUUUGCUUCCUAUUUUAAAAUACUCCGUACCAUUCGUAUGAGAUACGAAUACGUUUCUUCCACGAUCGCACGUUUUAAGCUAAUCUUUUACUUCGUGUGAAAUUUUUCAAUAAAUUUUUUUAUAAUUUUAUCAA